AUGGGAGAUCAAGCAUGUAUUGAGAGAAACAAAACAAGAAGCGACAAGCUUGCAAAGGAGGCUGAGCAGAGACAACAUGAGCUUCUGAAUGUCUAUACAAAUAAUUGUCUUCUGGUGCAGGGGACACUACUGGCUGCUGAUCCACCACUGAUAGCUAUGAAUGCGGGAGUCCUGCUGCUGCUGCAGGCCGCGGAAGGGCUACUUUUACCUUACACUUAUGUACAGAAAUCUUUGGUUUUGUUGAAGUAUAGUGUCAAUGGCCGAGUCAGGGAUCCUUUUGUAAAGGCGGAGUGUGUACAAGGAGAUAUUUUGCUUCUUAUGAAAACGGAUUCAAGGAGAAAGAAAACAACCGGGGCGUCUUCUUCCGCCUCCCCCGGGGCUUGCUACGAUGCCAGAUUGGCAGAUGAAACGCCAAAGUUUCCACGAAGCAAGCGAAGCUGCUCCUCAAAUGUGAAUCGUAAAAGGAAGCUGCAUGAAAUUCGUUCCUCGGAAUCUGGUCCAAUGAAGAAGCAGAAAGGCAAAGAGAAAGAAAUCGAUGAAUCCUACCCUAAAGCUGCUAGUGGUUCUUCUAAAGGCCUUAGGUUAUGUAAAAUUUGCAUGGAAGAAAAACCAACUUCAAUGAUGCUUAGGAGGAAGCGAUGCGACCACUCUUCCUGCUAUGAUUGUACUCGCCAGCAUAUCGCGACGAAGAUGAAGGAAAAUAUAAUAAUGAUUCAGUGUCCUGUGUGGAAUUGUGGAACUUUGAUAACUCCUAAACAAUGCAAAUCCAUCCUGCCAGGGGAAGUGAUUUCUAGAUGGAAAGAUGCCUUGCAUUGCUCUCGAACCCCUCCGGUUCUGGAAUUUGAUUGUCCUUCCGAGGAUUGCCCAGCUAGGUUAACAGAUAAUGGGAAGGCUAUUGAUGUGAUAGAAUUACAGUGCCCCAACUGCCUUGAAAAAAUCUGUCCUGAGUGUAAAGGUUUCAGCCAUGGAGAUUUGGAUUGUGAUGAAUAUAAGGAAUUGGUAAACCAUGAGAUAGAGGAAGAAGAUUAUUAUUAUUUAGCGUUGCUGAAGAUUUCUAAGAAGGAAAAUUGGAAGAGAUGUCCUAAUUGCAACAACUUUGCUGGAAAGACGACAGAGGGAUCUAACAAAGUCGAAUGCGGGUGUACUUACAAGUUCUGCUAUGACUGCGAAUCAGAAUGGAGCCGAGGACACUCCUGUUUUGACCCUUCCAGGCUUGUGGGACAACAGCAACAGCAGAGCUAG